AUGGCAAAAGCAAUAUCACUGAACAAGACAGGGAAAGUGCGAGGAUCGACUCCAAAAGUCGCAAAGUCAGACAAGCCCAAGCCAAAGAAGGGGAGAGCUGCAAAGAGAGCGUUAUACGAGAAAAGAGCUGCAAAGGGGUACUUUGAGGGCACUAUGAGCAUGAACCCGCAGGAGGUUAAGUAG